AUGAUUUCCCUCUGUGCCUUUGAUUGCAGGGUUUGGAGUAAUGAAAUACUUGGGUUAAAGAUCCCAGUGGACCCUGUACUAACGGCCAACACAGUGUGCCUGACGCUCUCGAGCCUGACACGCCGGCAGCUUGAAGUUUGCAUGAGAUACCCAGACGUGACAGCCUCUGCCAUCCAGGGCAUUCAGAUCGCCAUCCACGAGUGCCAGCACCAGUUCCGGGACCACAGGUGGAACUGUUCGAGCCUGGAGACUAAGAACAAGAUUCCGUAUGACAGUGUGAUCUUUAGCCGAGGUUUCAAGGAGAGUGCUUACGCAUACGCCAUUGCAGCGGCAGGAGUGGUUCACGCCGUCUCGAACGCCUGCAGCCUGGGCAAGCUGAAGGCCUGUAGCUGCGAUGACCAGCGCCGGGGGGACGAGGAGGCGUUCAGGCUCAAGCUCAACCGCCUGCAGCUGGAGGCCCUGAACCGGGGCAAGGGCAUGGUGCACGGGGUGCUGGAGCCGUUGCCAGGGGAACUGCCGGGGCCUCAAGAUUCCUGGGAGUGGGGAGGCUGCAGCCCUGAUGUGGAGUAUGGGGAAAAAUUCUCAAGGGACUUUUUGGAUUCCCGUGAAACAUAUAAGGACAUCCAUUCCAGGAUGCGGCUGCACAACAACAGGGUGGGAAGGCAGAUGAUCUCCGACAACAUGAAGAGGAAGUGCAAAUGCCAUGGUACAUCUGGUAGCUGCCAGCUCAAGACAUGCUGGCAGGUGACGCCGGAUUUCCGCACGGUGGGAACCCUGCUGAAGCACAAGUUCUACAAUGCCACGCUGAUCAAAGCCCACAACCGCAACACUGGCCAGGUGGAGCACGCCCACCACCCGCACCGCCGGAAGUCUACCGCCGGUGAGCUGGUCUUCUUCGAGGACUCACCCAACUUCUGCGAGCGGGAGCCUGAGCUGGACUCGGCGGGCACUCGAGGACGGAUCUGCAACAAGACCAGCCCGGGCCUGGACAGCUGCGAGAGCCUGUGCUGUGGCCGAGGCCACAAUAUCCUGAGGCAAUCGCGGAGGGAGAGGUGUAACUGCAAGUUCCACUGGUGUUGUUAUGUGGCGUGCGAAGAGUGCAGAGUGACCGAGUGGGUGAGUGUGUGUAAAUAA